GGGAGGGACUCCUCAUUUAAGGAGGUUAAACCCAGCCGAUGGGUGGGUCUCAAGUGUGUGUCGCAGAGUCGGAGCUUCCUCUCGGUCAUAGAAGCUUUUCCCUGCUGCGGAUAGAAGGAGAGCGCACUGGGCCGUCACUGCUGCACACGAGAGGAACGGGACUGUGUGAUUUGUUUUAGACCGCUACCGGGCUCGCUUUUCUUGGAAGAACAAGACUCUCGUGGAAAUUCUCCCUGCAUGGUUCAUCCUCUCAUGUCGUGGUGGGAUGAAUUUGGACAGAAUCGCAGAGGCAGCGAGAGCACCGCCGCCCCGCGACGUGGCCCCCGCGUUUCAUUUACAGAGAACUUCAAACAGCAGUCGAGAAACUUUAGAGAACUCAAGCAGCGAGUCUUCAGACACAGAGUUGGCAGAAAAGGAGAGGAGUGCUGAGCACCGGAGCGAUGACGGGAACGCGGACGACCCCAAGAAGAAGAAACAGCGGCGGCAGCGGACUCACUUCACCAGUCAGCAGCUGCAGGAGCUGGAAGCCACCUUCCAGAGGAAUCGCUACCCGGACAUGAGUACCAGGGAGGAGAUCGCCGUGUGGACCAACCUGACCGAGGCCAGAGUGCGGGUAUGGUUCAAAAACCGCCGGGCUAAGUGGAGGAAGCGGGAGCGGAACCAGCAGAUGGAUCUGUGCAAGAACAGCUACCUGCCGCAGUUCAGCGGCCUCAUGCAGCCUUACGACGACAUGUACCCGGCGUACACCUACAACAACUGGACCAACAAGGGCCUCGCCCCGGCGCCGCUGUCCACCAAGAACUUCACCUUCUUCAACUCCAUGAGUCCGCUCACCUCGCAGUCCAUGUUCUCUGCGCCCAACUCCAUCUCCUCCAUGACCAUGGCCUCCGGGAUGGGUCACUCCGGGGUGCCGGGCAUGCCCACCCCGGGCCUCAACAACAUCAGCAACCUGAACGGGAUCGGGACUUCCGGCAUCAACUCGGCCAUGUCGUCGUCCGCGUGUCCGUACGGGCCUCCCGGCUCCCCGUACAGCGUUUACCGGGACACUUGCAACUCCAGCCUGGCCACGCUCAGACUCAAAUCCAAACAGCAUCCGACAUUCGGAUACAGCGGCCUGCAGAGCCCCGGGUCCAGCCUGAACGCGUGUCAGUACAACAGCUGACGGGCCAAAACGAGAGGGGCCUAACUUUUACAAAUAUAAAUAUAUAUGUGAUUAACGGACUCGGUGUGAGAGCUUAUGGGCUAUACCUGCGGAUGCAUGGGGGGAAAAAAAUCAAAGACAACUAAACUGGAUUAGUUGCAAUCAUUUUUCAAAACAAAAAAGAAAAAAAUGGAUGAUGCGGGUUACAUGUGUUUACCAGUGAACUUGCACAGCAAUUUAAAUGUCCAGGUUUUUUGGAUUUCUUUUUUUUUCUUUUUUCUUUUUUAUGAUGAAGACGUGUUACAUUGCUGCACUGUACAUAUCUACGUGUAAAUAUAUACAGGUCUAACAUAUGAAACAGACGAUGUGAUUUUUUUUUUUUUUUUUUUUUUUGGCGCUUGCUUGCUUUUGAGGACUGACUGUGUGGGCGGGGGGAGGAGGGACGGGGCAACCAAUAGGAUAAAGAGCAAAAUAAAUAAAAUAAAAUAAAAUAAAAGUCUAGCUUAUAAAUGAAUCCAGACUCAAUGAGGGCUACAAAAAAAGAGAAGAAUUCUAGCCUAUACUGUACAUAUUUUAUACUGCUUCUGUGUGCUUUCUGUUUACCGCAUAUGCAGGCUGCCACCGGCCCGUUUGAGUCUUUGACGCCUCCUGUUUUUAAAUGUUUUUUUUUUUCUUCUCCCCCCUCCUCAAUUUUGUUUGCUGAAAUAGAAAAAAACCCGCAUGUUUAACUUGAGUGCAACGUGUUUUGUACGAUAAUGUAAGACUACAGAAGUACGUUCAUUAGCCUAAGCUGUAUACAAAAAAAGAAAAAAAAAGGUGAUUCAAAGUCCUCAUGUGUUUAUGGUAACUUGCUUGUUUGAAUAAACUCCAGGAAAAGAGAGGUUUAUUUCAAGAGC